AUGAACGCCGCCUCUAGUUCUACCGCCAUGACAGAACGGGUUCAUGAGAGUAACAAUGGCCUUCUUGUGGUGUCUUCGUCUCGGUACCUGGGACGAUAUUCCGCUGAAGCGUUUCCAAGGUUCCUGGCCUUGCAAAUGCAAACUCAACUUCUUCCAAAACUACAACCCUUUGCAUGGAAUUUGAAUGAAAGACCAAAGCCAUCACCGGGGGUGAAAGGAGCGAUCCGUUCCUUGAUUACCCUAGACGCAGCACAGCACCAAAUCCGUUCCUUUUUCCUGCUGGACUUUCCUGCCUCUGCCUGUCUGAAUCUCGACGUUCUGCUUGCUCGUUGCGAAAGUCACUGGCAGGGACACAACCAAGGUUUGACUUUCGAAGCUGUGGUCUCGGGCCUUAUAGGCCUGACUGCCGUCCUUGGGCACACAUUGAGCUCGAGACAAGAGACCUUUAUUGUCGAGCACGCAGAAAAGAUAUUGAAUGAUCCGGCCGUCCUCGGGGAAGCGACCAUCGAGGUUUUGGUAGCACUAGUGUUGCGAUAUCUAUACCUUCGUGCAACAGCGACACCUCAAGCUACGUGGCUGGUUAUCUGCACGACGAUGCAUAUGGCUGAAUCCUUUGGCCUCCAUAAGCAGUACAGUCCCGGCGCAGACAGAGACCAAUACUCGAUGAGUGGCUGGAACGACGACACUCGGUCACUCCUAUUCUGGCUGAUCUCAGCAGGUAAUCGCCUCUCAUCUCAUGAACUAGGUCGAACGCCUGUUGUCCUGCAGGGUGUCACCAGGGUAUUCCCUUUCUCGGCAUCCGACACGAGUACCAUUGCCACAUUCUGUCGAGUUGCUCAUCUUUUGCCACUGGUGACGAAUCCCGAGAACUCGGAUGACGAGCAUAUGCACUUCUCAGAAUCAUUAGGGAAGAUAACAUCCAUACGCAUUGACCAACCGUUCCUGAAGCUCAUCACGGCAGAUGUCUGUUUCAUCCUGUACAGACGAAUUAGGGUGAGCGCCAACCAGCAUAUUACGAAGCAGGAAGUACAGCAAGUGGUUGCCGUGGGUAGAGAAGCUGUCCACGCCGCUAGGCAGCUUGUACAAGAGAGGAAACCAUGGUGGAAUAUCCUCAGCACACUGUUCCAGUUCUGCUGUACCUUGAUCUCCAUGGACUCCACUGAUAGUCUUGCUGAUCUAAAUUCUGUAAUAUCGACGAUCAACUUGGUCCGCGGCUACUACCCAGGGGAGGACAGCGCAGAAGCUGUAGCAACUUUGAAUACAUUGAUUGGAGCUUUGAGGCAAAAAAAGCAAAGUGAAAUAGACUGCCUCAACUGGGGAGGCAUUUGGGAAGGUCCUAUGAACGCCAAACCUGAUAUUCCAAUCCCUGCCGAGCGCAUGUCUCCGGAACCAAUCUUGGAUGAUUUUCAAUUCACCUUCGAGGAUCUAGAUUGGAUGUCGUCGGAUCUGUUGAUGGGUCAAUAA